CAGCUGAGUGGGAGGUCAGCCCUCCAUGGGGCUCUGACUCCAGCCUUUGGCUGAGAACCUCACCUAGAGAAAGACAAGACCAACUCACGGACAGCUGCCCUCACCAGUCCACCGUGACGGGACCAACUGGACCAGUGUGGCCGUGGGCAGGUGGUGGGGGCAGCAGGGUGUAGGGGAGUGAGAGAAAGAGAGAUCGGAAACUCACUUUUGAACUCUACAUCACUUUCCCUGGGCUGGGCAAUCCAGGAACAACUUUACUGGCAAUGGAGCAUGUGACCAAUGGGGCCAAACUGACCCGGCCAGGGUGCUGGGAAACGGGUUCAGGAAGAACCCCUGGGUACCAUUGAGGAGCCUGGGGAAGGGGUUCAGGACAGGGUGGAGCUCCUUGUCUCGCUGCCCCUGUGUGGCCCCACCACUGGGAAUUUGCUGACUGUGGAGCAGUGGUCAUCCACACUGCUAGGAUGGAGAGAGCCGAGUCUAUCACCCUCUUCUGGAACCAGGGAGCUGCAGCUAACUCGAGUCGGGAAAAUGCGACAGCGACUGCCCACUCGAGGUCGUCAUGGCGACAGCCAGUGAACGUGUUCCUCUCCUCGGGCAGGCCCCCGAGUGUAGAGGAGCUGCUUCGCGAGGCGCAGCUCAAUCUCCAGAGCCUGUUGCAAGAAGAAUAUGAGGAACAGUACUCGGAGGCCAGACAUCUGGGGCAGACCUUCCACUCUGCUGAUGAGGCCCCUGAGCCCAGUCCCAGCCCAAGACCCCAGUCUGCCAGGCAUCUGGAGUUUGUAUUGAUGCCUACAAAACGGCAGCUGAGUGAGGAGGAGACUACCACCCAGGGUGUGAGGGCCCCUGAGACCCCCCUGAGCCUGUUAACCGCAGCCGACAAGCAAGCUGCCUGGAACAGCCCCUACCCUCUGCCUAUCCUAGAGGAGAAGCGGUGGCUUCAGGCUUGCUCCACGCACUCUGACCUUGUGCCCAUCAACAUCUCUGGGCAGCAGUUUGAUAAACAUGCAAGUUUGCGACAUUCGUUGUUUAACACAGAGACAGCCGUGAACCCCAAGUCCACCCUGAGGCGGAGGAGGACCAUUAUUGGAUUCUCUAACUUUUCCCAGCGAGACCAAGGUCACAGCAACAGCCCAGCAGGCAGGGUAGCCUGCUCGGCCACCUCAGACAUCAGGCUCUGUCACUCAGUACCAGAAGGUGUUCAUGGAAGAGUUGCAGUUGGCCAGGAAACUCGGUUCCCAAAUCUCACCUCACCAGUCCUGAGAAAUCCUUCUAGUGAUCCAGAAGAACCUCUCCAGGUGUGUGGUGGCACAAACCCUCCUGGCAUGGAGAACAUGAGAAUGGUGUACAGUGUCUCCAGUUCUUGCAAUGGACCAGCAGAAUCAACAUUCUCUGCUUCCUGGAAGGGAGAUGCUUUUACCUACAUGACUCCAAGUGCCACCAGUCAGAGCAAUCAAGUCCAUGAAAAUGGCAAAAAUCCUUCCUCUGGUAAUUCUUGGCUCUCUCUGCACACACUGCCACCUCUGGCUCCCAAGGAGGCUGCUACACUCUUCGUCACACGUGAUAGCCCAGCAGGAUGCAGUGGGUCAACUAGCUACUCUGAGCACUCUGCUCAACGAAGGCAAGUUGCGGAACAACCUUCCAAGACUGGCCUUCUGACUCAGGGUAACUCGAGGCUGGAGACAGGCCCAGGUGCAGCCAGCAGGUUUCGAGAGCGGUCGCUGUCUGUGCCCACAGACGCAGGCACCUUGGAUGUGGACUAUGAUGAAGAGCAGAAGGCCAGUGAAGCCUGUGCCCUGCCUUAUGGCAGUACAAGCUCUGAGGGCUGUCACAGUGCUGACAACAUUGCCUCCCUUUGUGCCCCACAGGAGGCCCAGCACAGAAGGCAGAGGUCCAAGAGUAUCUCACUCAAGAAGGCCAAAAAGAAGCCUUCCCCACCAAUGCGCAGUGUCUCACUGGUCAAGGAUGAGCCAGUCCUCUUGCCAAAAGGUGGGUCCACACUCCCCAAGGACCAGAGGCCCAGGAGUCUUUGCCUCUCCUUGGAACACCAAGGACAUCACUUAUCCCACCCAGAUGCUCAGAAUCAUCCAACUGUGCCAAUGUCCAAAGAUUCAGAAGAUAUACAAUUCUCCCAUCACUGGUAUCUUCCUGACUGGAAGUCUGGUGACACCUACCAGUCCUUGUCCAGCUCCAGCACUGCCACGGGCACCACAGUCAUUGAGUGCACUUCAGUUCAGGGAAGCUCUGAGUCCCUUGCUUCCCCUUCUGCUUCCCGAGCCACCACGCCUUCCCAACUUUCCAUGGAGGUGGAGGCCAGGGAAGUGUCCUCCCCAGGAAGGCCCACUGGACUGAUGUCACCCUCCAGUGGAUACUCCAGCCAGUCAGAGACACCAACACCCACUGUCUCCAUGUCUUUGACCCUGGGCCACUUGCCCCCUUCAAGCAGCAGUGUCCGGGUGCGUCCAGCGGUACCCGAGAGGAAGUCAUCACUGCCCCUAACAUCACCAAUGGAAAAAAUGUCCAAGUCACGUCUAUCAUUUGACCUACCAUUGACCUCUUCAACCAACUUGGAUCUGUCUGGGAUAAGCAUCUCCAUGCAAAGCAAAACCAAGGUGAGCCGGCAUCACUCAGAUGCAAAUGUUGGGGCCAAGCUGGCCCAGAAAACGAGCCCUAACCAGCCAAUCAUGCCCAUGGUUACUCAGUCUGACCUACGUUCUGUUCGCCUGAGGUCAGUCAGCAAGUCUGAGCCAGAAGAUGACGUCGAGAGCCCUGACUAUGCCGACGAAUCAGGAGCAGAAGUCUUCAUCUUGCCAGAGAGAAAAGUGAAACCUCCCAUAGCUGAGAAGCCUCCACUGGCCCGAAGGCCUCCAAGCUUUGUCCAUAAGCCACCAUCUGUCCCAGAGGAGUACCCACUAACUUCGCCUACCUUGGCUAUGACCCCCAAGAGCUCAACUCAACACAUGAGGUCACUCCCUCAAGACAUCUACACAGUGUGGAAACCAAAGUCCUCCAGCUUUCCCGAGGGCAGGAGCCCAGGAGAGUCGCCAGCACCCUCAUCUCUUGUUUUCACGCCUUUUCCCAGUUCUUCUGGUGCUUUCUUCUCGGGAACACAGCAGUCUCCACAGGGAACUAUGGAGGAGGAGGGCCCCAAGGUGAGAGCCCUGCCUGAAAGAAUUAGCCUCCAGAGCCAAGAAAAAAAUGAGAAAAAGAAAGGCAAGAUUCCACCUCCGGUACCAAAAAAGCCCAGCGUGCUGUACCUACCUCUCACCUCACCCACAGCUCAAAUGGAGGCCUAUGUGGCUGAACCAAGGCUGCCUUUCAGCCCCAUCAUCACCGUGGAGGAAGACACCAAGUGUCCCCCAGCUGGCGACCACUUGCAAUCAUCUGAGAGUACCAUGGAACCAAGCCCCGAAGAGAAAACCAUCAUCAGUGAUAAAACAGCUGAAUGGAUUGCAGAAGAAGAUGAUGAUGUGUUUGUAGUUUCACGCACAACUGAAGAUUUAUUUACUGUGAUACACAGGUCCAAAAGAAAGCUGCUUGGCUGGAAGGAGCCUGGUGAGGCCUUUGCCGGCGGCAGCAGAGCAAGCUCCCACUCACCAAUAAAGAACACGGCUGAUUCUCCAGUCAGUGAAUCAGCUACCUCUGCAGGGUCAGGUGGCAGUGCCAACCUAGAUGCUGGCAGAAAUGAUGAUUUCAAGGCCUUGCUACAGAAGAAGGGAAUCAAGGCAACCCCAAGGUCCCGCCCCUCAGCAGCAGAACUGCUGAAGACCACUAACCCACUGGCUCGGAGAAUUAUUUCACAAUUUUCGAAAGACUGUGAAAGCACUGGUAACCCCAGUCCCUAAGCCCUGACUUCAGCAAGCACGGUUUGGCUACUAAACUUGAGUAGACAAGGGGGCAGAGUAAGGGUUUUAAAAAGGAACCACCGAAAUAACAGAAGAGCCUUCAUUUCUUUUACAUUAACUCACACUCUGGAGAGCAGGAGAGAGGCCACUUCCUCUAGAACUACAAUCAGGAACUUUAAUCAUCUUCAGGCAUUUUAUGUUUUCAUACCUACAAUCUUGCCAUUCCUGACUACUGAUUUUCUCUUUAUUUUCCCCCAGUGGUGUGUAAUGAGAAGAAAUGCUUAGACGCAAGGGCACGUGUGCCAUCUUUGCAAUCAAUGACCAGGCUGCUCCAUGCUGGCUUCUCUCACUGAGGGGCACAGUGUGAUAGCAGACGGGGGGCUUCCAAACCUGGGGGGCAUAGAGUGCCAUUGCUCAUGAUUCACUUCUCUGGUAAGGCCUCCACGGCCCUGUGUGGAGAAACAGAAAGACUCUAAUGCCUCUCCAACCGCAGUUCACCUCUCGCCUUUGAGAGGUUUGUAGGUGUGCACUUAUUUCAGCAUGGGGUUGAUUGGAUAGUUUUUGUCUUGUAAAAUAUGAAUGUCCUGAACUUCAUUGCCUUUUUUGGUUUGAUUGUCUACACAGAGAUCAGGGUGAUGAGUUUCAAUAAACAUAUGGACCCCAUCAACCCAUCCCUUAGCUAGAAAAGGUCAGGACUGGGCUCCUUUGGAUGAACCAAGCACAGCCAACAAAGGAGGCAGCCAUUUGCUCACUCAAGUUUAUCCAGAGUAACCUGCACGUGCGCCUUGAGAUCCUUCAAGUGUCUGUCACUGAUGAUACUAGGAUCUGUGCCCAGGUAAUGCUGCAUUCUAAGAACUCUGGUUCUUUUGUAUACAACGUUCAUUACAGGAUGUAAGUAUCUGAAGGAACAGCACCAUUAAAGGCUCAAGGAAGAGAGAGAGUAUGUGUAACUUGCCCCCCACCAUUGAGUUCAGAUUGUAGUUUGUGGUGGUUUGGUUUCGUUCAAAGGAGGUCUUACUCUGUUCUAGAGUAACAAGAAUGUACAGACUCAAAGGAUAUACCCAGAAUACAAAAGGCAGCUUUGCCAAGUUGCUGUGGACCACAUAACACACAUAAAAAGGGCUACUUUUUGCCACUUAGGUUCUAUUGUUUGAUCAACUGUCAAUUAACCAUGCUGGGGGAGAAUGUAAUCACUGGAAAAUGGGACACCAAGAGAGCCCCAAACAAAUGGGAUACUGCGAUCUGUCCCUCACAAAGCUUGCAAGCACUAUUUUUGCCAGUUCAAUUUUCUAAUCAGUGCAAGAGCAGUGAUUCAUUUGAUUUUUAUGGUUUCCGGAAGGUUGGGGGAAAAAAACAGACAAGGCAUUGAACAAAGAAAACUGGUAAUCAAUAAUGGAGGGCUAAUUGUUCACCUUUCCCAAGAGGAAAAAAGAAAAAGUCAAAAGAAAUUGUAGCCUGCUUCACAAAGAGGGUUCCCUGACCCCUUUGUCCUUCACCUCCCACCCAACAGAUUCCCUGGUCAACCUCCUCAAGGACACAGAAAACUGCCCUGGAGACAAGCAGAUCUUGAUUUUGAUAGGUGGUGGUGUUCACCAAUGAGAAGUAAGCUCUUAGCUCAGCUGUCCACACUCUUGCUGAUAGAGCAGCUGAAAAACCACCCUGAGUGCUGAGAGGACUUGGACCUCUCAUGUAGAAGCCGAGGCCUAGGCCCUUGGCUGGUACAGUUCUGAAUUCUAGACUUCUGAGUACAGGCCAGGCCCAUCAACUCCCUUGCAAUCAGCUCUUCCCCCUGAUUUAGGGAGAAGCCACUUCAAAUAAUAAACAGCAAAAGCCCAGUUUUGAAAGCAUUAGAAUUAUUUGGUUUUAAGGUCCUGACCAAAUUUCAGGGGGUUGCCCAAAGUAAAAUACAUUCAUUCCCGGCCUGAAUUUAUGUAUGAAUGCCACACUUGUCUGCCCCAGACUCAGAAUUCCAAAAGAUGGAAACGUUUUCCUUUAUAGGGAAGUGAAGGUGUUUUUGUACUUUUGCCCAACAAAAUGACUUAUGAAAAUCAAGAUCCACUUGUCUCUGAGGCAAGUUUCUGCCAGGGCCUUCUUCCUAGGAGCCAUUACAAAGAGCUGAACUCUAAAGCCAAAUAUGAGAUUCACACAGAGUAUAGGACCUGUAACUUAACGCUGAUUUUCUGGGAAGCUUUUUGUUUUCUACUUCUAGUGGUUGUCAUCUUUCCCCUCACCCUACUACCUCUGGUGGCUUUCCCAAAAGAUUCGGAAGCUGAAUUUCCAGAUACCUUUAUGUCUUUCAACUACCUUGAGUCUUGUUUUCCUUUACUGUACUCUAUCUGCCUGGAAUUUUUAGAACAUCUUCUGCAUCAUCACUAUGGCCCUCAAAUGCCCAGUGCUGUUCCCAUUAGCAGAGGCAGAUUUAGGGCAGAGAUUGUAUGGUCAGAGGUAACACUGAGGCUGGAAGUAUUCAUUUAAUGUUUGCAACAGGUGGACCUAGUCCCAAACAACCAAGCAAACUGUAGAAUUUCUACCAGUCAUUGAUGAGCACAACACUGAACAUCUUUCUUACUCCUAACACUCAACCUCUCUCCUCCCCUUGAUUAUCAUAACAUCAACUGUCUCUCCCACCCAGGCACAUACUACAACGUUUGCUGCCUUUGGCACCUACUCUGGCCAUACUGGAAGAAGAGAGGCUGAAGGGCCCUCCAGGGAGACUUCUAGACAACCUACUACUGCCACUAUUGCUAGUGCAAAUAAUAAUGAUAACCAUUUUUGAAGGUGGAUUACAGGUGGGGUUCAGUGAAAUGGAGUUGGCCCCAGGAGGUCAGCUUCCAAUUUCAAAUAGUUUCUAGCCCUUUGUUUCCUCUGAUUCAAACCAAUAGGAGCAGGUGGCUCUGCUGGAUUGACUUCAGUCUAGUCAAGAGGGGGAGCCAUCCCAGGUAGGUUAACUGGGAAGCUAAGAGUGCUUUGCACUUGGUGAGUAUCCAUUCCAUAUUUGUGGUUCAGAUGUUGAGGGUAGAGAACGUCAUUGGGGUCUCCUUUCCUUUGCCUGUGUCAGUCUCUCACCUGGGCCUCCCACCUGGCCCUAACUUGUCCCUCAGCCCCAACUCUCCUGUAAACUGCAUCCCUAACUGACAGCUCACCCUUUGGGAAGCAGAAUAGUUCAGGUUAGCUUAAUGACCACAAAUCGACUUGUUGAUUUAGAGACAUCACCUUGAAUGUACAAAGACAGAGGAGAUUCUACAAGGCUCUUACAACAAGCAUUUCAGCAGACAUCCAUUUCCACUCUAAACAACAAGCAUUGGCUUGUGAUCCCACUAUACCUAUGAGUGUGAGCGGGUCUGUCCACGCACCAGCCCUCUGCCUCAUACACGAACUAGUCCUUAAAGAGACAGAUCCAUGGUCAAGGCUCUGUUCCCCUCCAGUGCAGCCUCCCAUCACCACCAGGUCUACAACACAGUGGUAGGCUUUCACUUUGAUUUGUCAGGGCCAGGACUAGAAUGAGGUGAGGGAGGUACAUGGGGUAUAAAAUUUAAGGAGGAAACCACGUGCUCUUGAGGUCAUGCAAGUGCCUUCCCCUCAUCCUGGCCCUGUGCUUUGCACUCUUCUGAGGUGAUAUCAGUUUAUCUGCUUCCAGCAAUUAAGUAUGGUUUCUUUGAUUUAGGGGCUAACUACCUAUCUGGUGCCACACCAAACAUUUUAUUGCUAACUUGUUUUUCCAUUGCUAUAAAGCUUUUUGGCCUAUAUAUCAAAGAAUCUUCAGUAGUACCAGAAAACAUGCUUGAUUUCUAAGUAACCUGGUCCAAGUGGCAAGUUAGCACUCAUUUCAGUAAAGAUGUGGACAAAGACAGCUAUUCAGCAAAAUAGAAUGAACUGGGAUCCUUGGUCUCCCUUUCUAGUCCAUUCUCCCCAGACCUUGCUUCCCAGCACCAACUCUCCUGAGUGCCUCCUAAUUUGUUCUUCUGCUCACUAAGAAAAGCAUGCUCUCAGGAAAGGGAUAAAUUCCUUUACUUUGAGAUUAUAAGGCUUAAUGCUAUCUCUUUUGAGGGUUGCUUGCAUUUUAACAGGGGAAAAGCCUUAAACCAAGGGAAUGAAGUUCUUGUAGAUUUUUAGGCAUCAAUUAGUUUCAGACAUGUAUUUUUCACCAUGGAAAGGCUAAAUUCCCUGACAGCUAACUCCAGAAUAUAGAAAAUACCUUAAUGUGCUGAAAUUAUUUUAGUAAAUUGCCAAGGGUCUAUUAAAUUGUCCUGCUAUCUAGUGCCAUUCAAUGUGGUUACUACUAAGGGACUCUCAGAAAUGGCCACUGAAAGCCACUGGGAAGUCCUAGAUAAUUCAUAUUGUACAUUAAUAUUUUUACAUAAAUUGAAUUAAUACUACUUAUCGUUUGAGUAAAAGAACACAAAGAUUUAAAGUUUGUGAAAAUGUGUCCUGUUUGUGAAAGGUGAAACUGUCCAAUCAAUGUCUUAUCAAUGUCAGCUGUCUGGUAUUGGUGGUGAUUAUUAAACUUAUUGGAGGUACAGCUUCACUGAACAUAAGCCUCUGCUUUCCCCACCACCCUUAUCUAUGUUUGGUGCUAUCAGUUGAGCAUGGUGUGAGAAUAAGACCAGAUCCAUAUAGCAGAACACCCAGUCCCUCCAAAGCCUUUGUGUGUAUUUCAGCUCUAAGAGACUAAGGUAACUGAGGAUUUGAAAGAACAAGAGGGUGGGAAAGAGGUACAAAGAGUUGCCUUUGUCAAAGGGCAGCAAAAAUUAUCAUGAAUUAAACAAUGACUUGAAAUAAAAAUUUAAAAUACUCUGAAAGAGCUGUACAGAGGAAUACAGUGAUAAUUGGCCAUGGACACACAUUUGAGGCACUUGUAGUAAGUUCAGCAAAAAUAGAUUUGCAUAAGUAAUGGGUUAUGUGAAAUAGGUGUGUAUUUUGUUCACUAAAGCCCAGAAUCUAGGCCAGUGACUUUCAAAGUGUGGUCGCAGGAGCACCAGCAGCAGCUUCUCUGGAGUGGAUGUGCGUGUAUGUGUUUCCAGUGAUGUUACUUCUUCAGAUCUCUGACUCACUGUAACCAGGAUUCUCCAAUUGAUUCCAACCUUUCCCAUCAUGUCUGCUGUCAUCAUUACAGUGAUCAGUCUCUGGCCAAGUUAUGUAUAUUGUCAUGGUCAGAUGUGUUUGCUUGGUGUUAAGAAACUCUCACUAAAUCAACUACUUGCUCAACCUAAAAAACCUUUGAUUUGGCUUAGCCAGCACAUCUGGCCUGUUUUUUGUUUUAAAAAAUUUUUGUUUUAAUUCACAAAUAGGAAAAAGGAAAAGGUGUUAACGUUUUGUUUGGUAUUGCCAACCCUUAAAUACCUGUCUUAACCAUGGCGGCCACUCUCCAGGAAGGCUCUGGCAGAAGUAAAUUUGAUUUUAAGAUUUCACCCAAUCAUCUGACAUCAUCAAAUCCACAAACAAAAUCUGAACUGGAACAAGCAGUUAACCCCUCUCAGCCUCUCUUUAAUGCCAAGCUUUAUAGAAAUGUGUUCCUUAUGUGGUAUUGAGCUUUUUUUUAAUGUCCGAUUUUAUAAAAUGUUAUGCAUGAAAACACAGCAUUGUGCUCAUUGUACGAGUCCCCUCAACCUCAUUUCCUCCUCUGUAUAUAUGGUGGUGAAGAGAUAUCAAUCUGUAUGUUCUUCCCUCUCCUGAUCAAUUACAAAGUACAAAUCUUUUCAUUAAUUUUUAAAGGAGAUAUAUUUACUCUGGUUAGUAGUUAAAAUUUAAUUCUUUUUAUUAUAUUUCAUUGCUACUUUUUUCUACUGGCUGCAAAGCUUACUUUGGGGGAUAUUUCUUAUUCCUGGGUUGUUGUAUUUAUCUUAUUUCUGUAUUUAUCUGUAGUCACAGAAUAUUAGAGGUGGAAGGGACCAGUCUCUCAUUUUACAGAUGAGGAAACUGAGGCCCAGAAAGGUCAAAUACUUUACACAGGUCAUGCAGUGGCAGGGCCAGGCCUUAAUUCCAGGUCUCCUGCCCCUGGACCCAGUGUUUUUUCUAUUUAAACCACUGCUUUUAUAGAAGACCCAUAGCUGGCUUUUACUUUUAUGACACAUGAAUUUCCCAAGUAUUUCAGUGAACUACAUUUAAUAACAUACAUGCUUUGAAAACAAAUCCUACCAUUUGCAAAAACAUGGAUGGAGCUAGAGGGUAAUCAUAUAUAUGCUUUGAGGACAAAUGCUCAAAGGUUCUUUAGUUCAUGAAUUAAAAGACAAAUCUGAUUUUCAGUUUACAAAUACUCAUUUCCCUCCAAAUUCAACAUAUGUACCCUACUUUCCACAACAGAUGAUUUCUCUUAAAGUCAUUUGAAAAAUGAAUUUUUACAGAUUAGAUUCCAUUUUUUAGUAGAAAAGCUUCUUAUGUAAGGGAAUCUGCUGGUGACUUCUUCUGAAAAAUGAAGAAUCCUCUUGUCAAUAUCCCCUGAUAUCUCACUUUAGUGUAAACUUUUGUAAUUGGUGUUUGUGCAAAGUAGGGCAAAUCAAUAUAGGCUUUCCUAGAAUCUGCUUUAUCCUUCCCUUCUUAAACUUUAUAUUUUCAGACUGUUACAUGCUCAUGAGAUACUUAGUUGUGUUCUAGAACUUCAUUUAACUUGAUAUUGUGUCAGUCCCUGGGCUCAAAUUCUAUCUCCAUCUUAUCAAAUAAUAGAAUUCCCUAAACAGUUCUGAGCUCUGCAUGCAGUCUUUUUUCCAGGACAUUCUUUGCUUAAUACUCCUUUGGGUGACUCUCUCUUUAGCUGUUCUUGAGCCCCCUGGUUCCUGCGGAGCUCACUGUUGUGCGGAGUUGCAGGCAGUGCCACGUUAGGGCUGUGCUAGUCACAGGGAGUGGUAUUCCUAGUGAUUUCCACUGUUCCCGUGCUUCUCCCGGACCCCCUCUGGCUCCCCUUUUCAGGAAUUCUCAGAGACUGGUGGGAUUUCUACCACCACCCCCUUCUAGACUUGAGGUUGACAAACUUUUUUCUGUAAAGGGCCAGAUAGUAACUAUCUUAGGCUUUGGGGGUCACACAUGGUCUCUGUAGCAUGUUCUUCUUUGUUGUUUGCUUGUUUACUUGACAAUAUUUUAAAAAUGUAAAUGCCAUUAUUAGCUCUUGGGUCAUACAGAACCGCAGGCUGCAUUCAUCCCACUUGUCAUAGCUUACCCCUGGUCCAGACUGUUUUCUGGGACAGGCAUUUCUGUGACCAGUUGCAUAUGACAAUUGGGUUGUGUACUGGAUGAUGUAGCUCACUGCACUUCCAUCCACUGCACUGUCAGACCAGCCUGCACAGAGGUGGGAGGACAGGAGCAGCAUAUGCCAACCAUUACUCUUUGGUAGGAUGCCCUUCCUGCUGGAUUCUCUCUCUAUCUCUCACUGACUACUGACUACCUCAGUGUAGAAAGCCUCAUUCUUUUUUCCAGCUCUCUUGUCCUGGUUAUCCAAUGUGCCUCUGCCUUCCUGGGUCAAGCUGGAAGGGAAGAAUGAAUUUUGGAGUUUUCUUAUUUCUUUUGUCCCAUUGUUACUCCCCCAAACUAUGGUUGGGGGCCCCUGCUCUGGGGUCAUUUGUCCCACCCUGCCCCAUACUGCCAUCACCAGUUUAGGGCUGUCCCUGGAAAAUGUGAUGGCCCAGGCCAAUGAGAUUCCAGUCUAGUCUACAAUUGCCCAGUGUAAUCACCAGCUCUCUUGGUUCCAGUGGCUGGUUUUAAAAUCCAGAAUACCCAUGUGUCCAUUUUCUUAUGCAAUUUGGACCUGUUCUAGACUCAACCCCAGCAAGAAAAUCAAGAGGUACAGAGGAUAUUGUGUGCCAUCAUUUUUCCCUGCCUCAACCCCCUGCCUCCUGGGCCCCCAGGCCCCAGGAUGGACUCCUUAGGACGCCCCAGGUAGCACCACAACCAGAGGCAUUCAGCACACCACUGCCUGCUGUUCCUUGAUCCUCUAAAAGGAUUCCCUAAAGCUUCUUCACAUCUCUCUCUCCAUCUGGCUCCCAUCUCUACCUCUCAGGCUCAGAUUCACAUUUUCACAUUUGCUCGUGUAAACAUUGGGGGCUGUGAGUGAAUGAGCAGGUAUGUGCCUGGGUAUGCGAGCAUGGUUUGUGGAGGCACCGCUGACUAAUGUGUCUCACACACGCAUACACACACACACACACACACACACACACACACACACACACAUCACCCAGUGCUCUCAUUAAUUCUCUGGUCCACGGCCAGGUCUGAUGGGGCUGGUCAAGGAGAAGGGAUGGUGGGGGCUCCUGAGGCACUUCUUUUUUCUUGUCUUUUGAAACCUUCUUUCCACAGGCUGGUGCUGGUUUCUCCCAGGAAGCCAUUUGAAGAAGCUCCCCUGUGGCAAUUCUGCACAGGCUGGCGUAACAGACAGCUAGCACUUUAAUUUGCUUCGGACAUGCUUCUCAGGUUGCAGUUUUUCCUGUCUAAGCAAAUUGCUUCUUAGUACCUUUCUCUUACUUUCCAUCAUUUGAGCCCAGGGAUCUACCCACUUACUGAAAUCUAAAUUUUAAAAAGUCAGAGACAUGAGAUACUUUCACUAUUUCCCUAUUUAGAAGUAUCCACGAGACACUUCCUUUCUGCCUUUUGUUUAGGAUUUCCAGACUUAGGAAAGGAACCAGGCUUGUGCUUUGAAGUCUAAAAGCAGCUAAAGUACGGCACUCGCCAAAAGCAAGGUGAAGAAGGAGGAUUGGCUGGUCCUACUAUGCAUAGUCAGGAGAUGGACUUUUGUUAUGUUCAGUGUUCAGAGGGCUUUAUGUUACCAUUCAGUGCUUACUGAGCGCCAAUGAUGCACUUGAGAAAAAAAGGGAGGCAGGACUUUGCAGACCCCUGUCCUAAACUAGAAGGCAGAGAUAAGGCAGUUCCCCCAGUGAUAAGAAUGUGUCCUUGGAUAAAGAUUUCAAGAAGCAGCAGAAACCAGGAAGGAUCAGAAUUCCAGUCUUUUUAGCAUUGCAACACAAAAUGGAAAGGAGCCCUCUGUGGGGUGAUGUUACAAAGGGUUUUUCUUGUCUUUCACUCUUCUUUUUUCUUCUUUUUUUAAAAAAGUAUUCCUUACUGGCUUGUUACCAGCAAUUGAACUGUAUUCUUUAUAUAGCUAAAGUUGUUUGUGUCUUCUUAAAAUAAACUUUUUCUGUUAAAAUCGU